CCGCUUGUAGCUCGAUAGAUUGCAAGAUAUGCUUGGCCACUGUAUCACAUUACUUCAGGGGACAUGGCUACAUGGAGGGGGCAAGAGGUAGCUUAAAUAACGUGAGAAGACUUUGAGAAUUUGUAACAACCUUUCAACAUGGAUGAGAAGACUUUCAAAGUUAUCCUGAGUCAAAGACGGUGAUCAAUGGCGACUAAAUUCGAACCCGAUCAUUUCGGCCUUCUAUGCCACCUGGUAACUUUCUCAGAUUGGCAUCGUCCAAAGUUUGGACGGUUUGAAUUUGAACCAACUGUGGAUGCUCUUCGAAAAAUACUUCCUUGGGAAACCAAUUUUAUUAUUGAGCGCAGUGGAAGUUUAGCGGAAAGACUGUAUUUACCAAGGCUGGAAGUGGCCGAGGAAAACGAAGGAAGUAGCGUUCGAUAUGGAACAGAUCUUGAUGUGAUGUUCCUGCCACAACUAGCUGUAAUCAAGGAAAUUACUGAGUCUGAUGAGGAAGAAAACAGUGUAGAUGAAUCAGUUAGCGAUGUUGUUGCUUUUAUUGAGAAUGCAAAAGAACCGAGGUAUGUAAAACUCCGUGUUAAUACUGCUUGCCGGUGGAGUUUACCCGAUGAUGUUUUGGAAAGUGAAGGGGACUGUGUUUACGUAUCAAGCUCUAAAUUUUGCGACGUAUUUCGGAAGAACUUGAACCAAGUUCAAGAAGUUGCAAAAGCAGCUGGACCUUCCUUGUUAGUCACAGAGCAUUUGAUUCAGGAAUCCGGCAUCAGCAUGGAUAGUGUGGAUCUUGUCUUUGCUUUCCGUUGUCCCAAUUGGCCUUCUGUUGCUGAUGAAUGGGCGAAAAGAAAACGGAACUGGCCACAACCAGAAGUCGUGCAGAUGAUUCUCCAUCAAGGUUAUGCCGUGGUCGCAAAAGGGUCUGGAGACAGCAGCGCUUCUCAUCUGGAAUGGAGGUUGUCAUUUUCUUUUGCUGAAACAGUUCUGGCACAGAAUCUGAAUUCAGUGCAGAGGAAAUGCUAUCUGGUUGUAAAAGGUCUCGUGAAAGAUCUCCAUUGUGAAGGUAUACCUUCCUACUGGGUUAAAUGUGCCUUCUUCUGGUUCUUAGAGGAAGCAGACCCAGACAUGUGGAACAAUUCAAACCUUGGCCACUGUGUGCUCGGAGUAAUUGAAAGGCUUACAAAAUGUCUACAGAGUUACACGUUGCCCAAUUACUUUGUCAAACAGAGGAAUCAUCUUCAAGAAAUUUCCAAAGAAUCUUGUGCAACCAUUUCCAAGGAGUUGACACAAAUCAUGCAGAAGCCUGUCUUAGCUCUAGCAAACUCCCCUAAACUUACAAAAUGCAUUGAGUCAAUUUUAAGUCAGGCACCCGAGAAGUAUGGAUACAGCACUCUCGUUGCACUUGUAAAGGAAUUCUACAGCUCCCCAGAUAAGAAUGUUUUGAAUGAUUUUCUUAAAUACCACCUUUACAAUCUUGGCUUAGUGUUGAUGAAAAAUCCCAAAACAGCGCAGAAAGGGAUAGAGUACAUUGAGUGUGUUGUUCAAAUUUGGAAAGGGACUGGAAAGCAAACAAAUGCCUAUGAAUUACUGUGUGAUUCAAUAAUACAAUGCCUAAGACGCCAUGAUGAUGGUGAUGCAGAAGCAACUGCCUGCCUCUUGAUUUCCAUGAGGAGCCUGGGAUUUUCAGAUCAAGACAUAAUUGCAACACUGACGAAGGCCACCAACGGUAUUGAUCUUCCUGCCAGUCUAUUCCAGAAUGCUGGAUGUUUCUACCAUGUACAAGCAUAUGAAGAUGAUGUUACUGAACCUAAUGGAGAGCUUCUAAACCAUGCUGAGAUAAUGCUGAAAAAAUCAGUGGAGUUGCAGCCAACCAAUGCUUCUCACUACAUAGAGCUUAGCAUGUUUUUAUACAGAAAUGAUCGUUUUGAUGAAGCUAUAGAGGCUGCAAAGCAAGGUAUAACUUGUAGUAAGACCUCUAAAGUCUUGAAAUACCUCGGUUAUGGUCAAAGUGAGGAGAUUACAUUGGAUGGUAACCUUGGUUACCAUAUUCAGCAAAAUGACACUAUUGAAGCUCCAGCCCUGAUAUUUGCAUAUUAUGUCUUGGUAGCUUGUUUGGAGGAGUUGCAUAGAGAGGAUGAAGCACUAAAGUUCAUGGACUCGUACAAAACAGCUUGUGGUGAUCCUCGUAAAGCUAUUGAUGAAGAUGAUUCACUGGUGCUUUAUAAUUACUCUUGUUUAUUGCUCAAGUUACCCGGAGUUUGACUUUGAUUUAAGAGAGCUAUAAAAAUCACUGACAGUGACACUGUGAGUAUGCAAACCAGAGCAAUUUUUAGCUGAAUGGCAAUCACAAGUAGUUUUUUAGGAUUACACUUUUUAGCUUAAGAACUUGCAUUGCUCUCUAAACCAAUCACAUGCAAAACUGAAUUCCUUCCCAGCUAGUGAGUACUCACCUAUUUCAGCCC